AUGUCUCUGCGCCAUCACCUCCCUCGCCUUUCGUCCGUGGCCGGCGAGAUGCUCGAUCUGGAGAAGCACUUCGCCUUCUACGGAGCGUAUCACAGCAACCCGACCAACGUCCUCAUCCACACUCUCUUCGUCUGGCCAAUCUUCUACACCUCCCUCCUCCUCUUCCACUUCACCCCGCCGCUCCUCGACCUGCCCUCCUGGCUCGGCGGCGGCGUCCUGGCCGUCGACCUCGGCCUCGCCUUUGCGGUGGCCUUCGGGCUGUUUUAUGUGCUCAUGGAUCGGAGAGCCGGAUCCUUGGCCGCGAUCCUCUGCGUCCUCUGCUGGGCCGGCAGCGGUUGCCUUGCGAGUCGCCUUGGCUUCUCUCUUGCUUGGAAGGUUGUUCUGGUUGCACAAUUAUUUUUCUGGACUGGGCAAUUUUUAGGCCACGGGCUUUUCGAGAAGAGAGCUCCAGCUCUUCUUGAUAACCUCGUGCAGGCCUUACUGACUGCUCCAUUCUUUGUCUUGCUAGAGGUGAUGAAAAAUCUGUGUGGUUAUGAACCAUACCCUGGUUUCCAUGCUGGUGUCAAUGCAAAGAUUGAGGGUGCUCGCAAAGAAUGGCAAACAAGCAAGGAGAAGAAGACAUCGUAAAAAUAGGCACUCGGAAAUAGCUGAAAGAAUGCUAGUCCAAAUUUGCUACUCUUGUAAAUCACAUGUUCUACUUUUCAUGUUGAGUUUGUACACUUAUUAAUCUAGAAUAAGAAUGCUGUUGGGAGUGUAGGGGAGUGUCGGACAAACUGAUGAACAGCCAAAUAUCAGUAAAAAGUUGUUGACAGUUUCAUGA